AUGCUGGGUCGAAGGCGCAAGCAGCAGCAGCAGCCGCCGAAGCAGCAGCGGGUUCGCGAAUCCGAUUCGGAGUCCGAAGAGGCGGAGCGACAGCCGGUGGUCGAGCGGACGAUUGUGGUGGACCAUGGCGAUUAUUCCUCCUCCUGCGGCUACUGCCGAGGCGCUCGCGGCUCCAGCCACUCCCAUGGAAUCACCGCGGAGACUAUGGCAGUACAGGACUAUCAAGACCUGUUGGACCGUGGCUGGCGUCGCUCGGGUUGUUUCCUCUACAAGCCCGAUAUGCCCCGCACCUGCUGCCCGGCCUACACCAUUCGCCUCGUGGCGGGGCGGUUUCAGCCCAACAAGGAGCAGCGCAAGGUGCUCCGGCGCAUGGAGAGGUUUCUUAGCGGAGAACUCGACCUUCCGCCCCCCAGACCCAGAGAUUCCUCCGCUAAUCUUCCCGGCCCUGCUUCAAACUCGGGCGCAGGUUCAGGUUCAGGUUCGGGUGAAAAUUCAGGUGCAAAGCCGCAGCAAUCAGACCCUGCAAAGGGGCACGCCCCGGGGGAGGCACGGAUGGAAGGGGCUUCGACUGGGGGUCUGGAGCAUGGACCUUUGGCAGCAGUGCAGGCGCGUGUUGAAGGGGUUCUGAACGGGGUGUUGCAGCAGUGGAGGGAGCAGGGGAUUUUGCCUGGCAGCCUGCUGCUACCUGCUGUGACUCUUAGAUCUGUUCCUGUCAGCGUGAGGGCGAGAGUCGGGGAGGAGAAAGGAGGGGAGCGUGGGGAGGGAGGGAAAAGGAAUGCAGGCAAGGCUGGGAAGGGGAAGGGAGGGGAGGGAGGGGCAGGAGGGGCCGGGGAAAGCCGGCAAAAGGAUGAGGAGUACAACCUCUACCGCAAGUACCAGAUCCACGUGCAUGAUGACAAGCCCUCCUCAGUCACCCGACGAGGCUACGAGAAUUUCCUUGUCAACACCCCCCUCAUACACGUCCCCUCACCUGCUCCUCCCGCUUCCGCUCCUCCCCACUCCCCUCCGCUCCACCCACACUCAGUCCCGCCCCUAGAAGCACCUGCGCCUGCCUCAGCGCCCCUCCCUUCCUGUGGAUACGGGUCUUUUCACCAGCAGUACCGGAUCGACGGGCGCUUAGUGGCUGUGGGGGUGGUGGACGUGCUUCCGCGCUGCCUCUCAUCUAAGUAUCUCUUUUGGGACCCAGACUACGCGUUUCUGUCUUUGGGAAAAUUCUCCGCACUUAAGGAGAUAGAGUGGGUGCAGCGCGAGCAGCAGCGGCGUCCCGAGCUCUUACUGGAUUCGUACUAUAUGGGAUAUUACAUCCAUUCCUGCCCCAAGAUGACUUACAAGGCCGCGUACGCACCGUCGGAUCUGCUCUGCCCUCUGCGCUACAUGUGGGUGCCAUGCACCCUCGCCCGCCCUCUCCUCGACCGCUCCCCCUACGUUGUUCUCUCCUCCGCGCUGCCAAAGCACCCCCACACCCCGGCCAGCCUUCCCUCUCUCACAAGCCCCCACCAUCAGCCUCUCUCUUCCACGGAAGGAGACAGGGCUACAGUGGGAAAGGGGCGAGAGGAGGGGGCGAGAGAGGCAGUGCGAGGGUAUACAGGGGUGGGUGGGGGACAGACCGAAGCAGAGAGAGCAGAGGCGCGAGAAUUACAGCCUGCUGCUGAGAGAGGGGCUGGGGGGUUGGACGAGGCGAGUAGCAGGGAGGAUACUAACGAGUAUGGAGUGCAGGGAGGGGUGUACAGGGCCCAAGAGGACAGGAAAGGGGGCCAGGGAGGGGAAGAUGGGAUGGAGGUUGAUGAGGGAAGGGAAGGAGAGGGGCGGAGAGGGGUGGGAGGAGGAGGGAGAGAAGUGGGUGGGAGUGAGUGUGGAGGAGGAGGGGAGAGAUGGCCGGAGGAGUUGAGUGAGGAGGAGCGGCAAGAGAGGAGCAGGGAGGUGGCAGCAACGGUGAUGGCCAUGCCGUUGCUCAUCAACGGCUCCUUGCAGAUCAGCUUCUCGCAACUGCUGGAGAUGGGCUGGCUUUCCUCUGCCUCCACACGUGCCAUAACAGCAGCCCUUAAGACCUUCUGUGAAGCUGCUGGGCCGGAGGCGGCUAGGCGCAUUCUCUAUGUCAACCUCAUCAGUCGUUCCCUGCACUCCGUCAAGCCUUCGCUUCCAUCUGCCUUCCAUUCUCGGUCCUCUCGCGGCUUUUUGUUCACCGCAAGAGCAGCUGUCUCGCAGCAUUCUAUCUUGCAGGUUCGCGCCAUGGCCACGCCGUCUCCUCCCGCGCAGCGCCAGGGUCAGCAGCCCGGCGUGCAACACGAGAUGGAGCCGCAGCCGUCCGUCACUCGCCAGGCGUACAAGCCCGCCGAAAAACUAAAGGGUAAGAUCGCGCUGAUCACGGGAGGCGAUUCUGGAAUCGGGCGGAGUGUGGCGUAUCACUUCGCAUUGGAGGGAGCGGCGGUGGCGUUCACGUAUGUGUCGCCGCGGGAGGACAAGGACGCCCAGGAGACCCUCCGCUUGCUGCGCGAUGCCCAGCGCCCCGAGCACAAGCAGCCGCUCGCCAUUCCUGUCGACCUAGGGCAGCAUGAGAACUGCAAGGAGGUGGUGCGGAAGGUGGCGGAGCACUUUGGGCGGAACAUAGACGUGCUGGUUAACAACGCAGCAGAGCAGCACACCCACAAGACCCUCGAGGAGAUCUCCCCUGAGGAGUGGGACCGCACCUUCAAGACCAACAUCCACGCCUACUUCUACAUGGCAAAGUAUGCUUUGCCUCACAUGAAGGAAGGCAGCUGCAUCAUCAACACCACCUCGGUCACUGCGUACAAGGGCAAUCCCUCUCUGCUGCCGUAUUCCACCACAAAGGCUGCCAUUGUUGGUCUAACUCGCUCCCUCGCCCUCAUGGUGGUUGACAAGGGCAUCCGGGUGAAUGGUGUGGCGCCUGGACCUGUGUGGACGCCACUCAUCCCAGCCUCAUUUGAGGAGGAGAAGGUGGAAGGGUUUGGCAAGGAGGUACCCAUGAAGAGGGUGGCGCAGCCGGAUGAGAUUGCCCCGUCCUACGUGUUUCUGGCGUGUGAUGAUUCCUCGUACUUCACUGGGCAAGUGCUCCACCCCAAUGAGACCGUCUCCCUCCUCCGCUGCAGCAGAUGUAGCCUGGGAAUCUAUGCAUCCAGCAAGGGUACAGUUGCUGGUCGCCUAUCUAUGAGGGAAGGAGAGACUGGACAGUGGAUAGACUGCACCAGUCGGGGAAGUGCUGGUGUUUCAAUCACAGGGAACUUAUGGCACAUUGAGAAGCUGACAUUCAAAACUGAUGCGCGAUACAUUAUUGUAGUUGAGAAGGACACUGUCUUUCAACGGCUUGUUCAGGAUCGUUUAUUUCAGGAGAUUCCAUGUAUCUUGAUAACUGCAAAGGGAUUUCCUGACCUUGCAACGAGAGCCUUUUUACGAAACUUACAUCUGCACUACCCAAAGAUUCCAAUUCUUGGGUUGGUGGAUAUGAAUCCCGCAGGGCUGUCAAUCAUCUGCACAUACAAGUUUGGAUCAGGCCAGAUGGGGCUUGAGGGUCCACGAUACGCAUGUGAUGUGAAGUGGCUUGGACUGAGAUAUGGUGAUGUGAAGUACGUCCCUGAUGAUGGACUGCAACCACUGUCAAAUAGGGACAGAGUACUGGCCCAGAGUCUCAUGCAGAGUGCAGCUCUUCAGAUGUCCAACUCUUACAUUGAUGAGCUUGAAGCAAUGGUGGACUUCGGGAAAAAGGCGGACAUUGAGGCGCUUCAUUCCAAAGGAGCGGAUUUUCUUGUCAAGUUUAUCAUCCAGAAGAUUGUCCAUCAGGAUUACAUCUGA